CACUUUGACUUAGCUUUCAAGCAGCACACACUAUUCAAAUUUUACCUAGCCCACCGAAACCAAUAAAUUAUUUAUUAUAUUUCUUCAUUUAAUUGAACUGUUGGAUAUUAAACAUCAAUAUGGAUGUUUUGGCUCGCGUAACGCGCAUUUCGGCAAACUAUCUCGAAGAAUUGGAGGAGCAGCCAGAGGAUACGGGGCCACCCAAGCUUACGAGGGCCCAAAAGAAGGCAAUGAAAAAGGAGGCAAAACGACAGGCAGUGAUGGAGGAAAAGCGAUUGAUUAUGCGGGAUGCCCUUAUGCGUGAAUUGGAAAUGGGCAAGCGCAUGGAGCAGAAGGGCAACGAGGAGUGGCACGAGCUGUGCCGCGAGAUCAAGAUCAAGGAGCUGAACGAGGAGAUGGUGGUGUGGGGCGAGCGGGCGGAGCGGAACAUCCAGGCGAAGAGCGACCACAUCAAGAUGCUCCUGGACGACAUGCAGCAGACGCAGGACCAGCACGUGCGCUGCUACAGCAAGACGGUGGAGCUGAUCGACCACAUCCGCGACUGCUUCCACGUGAUGCUGGGCGGGGUGAGGAGCAUGUACGACCAGCAGGCGGACGAGAUGCUCCGCGACUACUACGAGGAGGUGCGCCGCCGCACCGACGAACUGGAUGCCAUGCACAUGAACUCCGAGAACAUCAUCCAUGCCACGAACAUCACCACGCGGGACCAACUCAAGGAGGACUACACCAUCUACCUGGAGCAGCGAGACGAUCGCGUGAACACGGAAAUAGAGAACCGGUUCAAGAUUCGGGAUCAGAUCGUCCGCCGGAUGACGCACAUGCAGCAGCAACUGAACGAGUUUGUGGAGUCCCUGAGGAGCACCGAACUGGAUGCCCACAAGUACGAGAAGAUCCACUGGCUGACCGAGCGACAGGAGGCCUUCAUGGAGGAGUCGCGCAAGCUGAAUGCCGAGGAGUCCAAGUACCUCAAUAUGCAGGCUGAGCUGCAGCGCGAAAUGGUUCGCAUGGAGCUGGAGAACAACUCCACCCUGAACGACCUCCGCCUGGAGUUCCAGUACUUCACCAAUGUGCGCAAGAAGAUCGAGGUGAAUCAGGAGAUGGACCGGAAAAUCACCCACGAGAAGCUGCGUAUUCUCACUGGCGAGUGCUACGAGGUGACCAAGCAAAUGGAGAAGCACGUUAAGAGUGGGGAACUGCUUUUGGCCCUUUCAAUCACCUGCAGGAAACUGCAGACCGAGGCCGAAAAAGUAAUCCUGGGCGGCGAGGUUUUCGACGACACCGAGGUGCAGGUGAAUGAGAACUUCAAGUUGCAGACCCUCAACCUGCAGGACCACGUGGACAUGACCGAGGACGAGCUCGUGGAGCUGAACAGGAACCUAAGGAACUUCUGGCGUCGUCAGGCGAUGGCCGAGGCCCAGAAUCUUCUGAUGCUCGAGGAGAAGCGCCGCCUGACGGAGGACAACCAGCGCCUGAUCGACUUCAUCAAGUCCAUGAGCGUCACCGAGGAUCCCGAGGAGCUGAGAACUGCCAUGCACGUGUCCUCCCCAAGCCAGCCAAUGCCACCCAAAUUGUUCGAUACCGCAUGCCAGAAUUAUAAGUCCAAGAAAGUUCUGAGGUCGCCAGUGGCUCACAAGGAGGCCAAGAUUGAAGCCCAGGCAACUUUGGCGAAUGUCUUGUUAGACUAUACGUAGUCCAUUGGUCCACAAAAUUUGUGAAAUGUUUAAAUAUUAAAAUGUUGUGUGUUUGGGUGAUGAUCAAAUCAAAAAUUAA